AUCUGCUAUCUAUGCUUUUCUGCACUGGAGCAUCCUGCCUUGAGGAAAGGCUUUUCUAUACAAUUCGUUGGGAGGGAUUCGUUGGGAGGAAAAUAAAAAGGAAUAGCAAGCAAAGACUAGGAGAGCUGCAGCAUGAAAUCUAUCCCUGCUUGCUACUUGCUUUCUCUUUUGCUGCCUGCGAUGGUUUUCAGCACUAGACAGGGCUAUGAUGACCUGGAAAAGCAACUUAAAGAGGUUUUUAUGGAGAGAAGUAGCAUUCUUCGGCAGCUUUCCAAAACAUCCAAAGAACUGGACGGCCUCAAAGGAAAUCUCCAGUCUAUGAAAACCAAUGAAGCAUCAUCCAAAAGUGAUGUACAAAAGCUUCUAGAAAUAGAAGAAAAGCAGAGAGAAGAAAUGAAAUCUCUCCAGGAAGCGUUCACAAAGCAACUUAAUGAGGCUUCUGAAAAGGCUGAGAAGCAGCAGGCCACUAUCAACUUCCUAAAAACUGAAAUGGAACGGAAAAGUAAAAUGAUCAGAGAUCUACAGAAUGAGAAUAAAAGCCUGAAGAACAAACUACUAUCUGGAAACAAACUUUGUGGUCUCCGUGCUGAAGAAUCAAAACGCAUACAGGCCCAGCUUAAAGAGCUUCGGUAUGGCAAGAAAGAUUUAGUUUCUAAGGGGUAUUAUGGUACGACCUACAUAGAAAAGGCUGCAUGGGCAGGUGAGACAAUAUUCUACAUGGUCGGACGAACAGCAGUGGAAGUCAUUACUCGGGCACAACAACUAACAGACCUUGAGCAAAAGUUAACUGUGGCAAAAAAAGAAAUGGAAAUAGCCUCACUGGACAAUGAAUCACAGUUAAAAGCCUUGAAAGAGACAGUUCAGCUUUGUCUAACGUCGGUUUUACACAAUCAGCCACCCGCUGUAAACAUCAUCUCAUCAAAGCCCAGAGAGAGAUCGACAUCCUCAAGAGGGACACUGGAAACAUCCUACACAGAGAGUCAUACAAUUGCACCUGUAAAUACAACAUCAAGUCCCAAUGAACUGACAAAUAAAGAAUUCCAACAAGAUAAGAACUGUGACUCUCGCAAUGUAAGCAUAUGCCACGUUGCCACAAAUUCCCAACCGUAGCUACAUUUUUGUUGUAUAUCUAGACCCUACUGUUUUAUAGCUUAGCUAUGAAAUCUUUCUAUGAACAUCUAACUGUUUUGGGCAAACGGUAUUUUUGUUGGCUUUCUGUACCAAUUUUAUACCCUAAACUGGUUGUAAAUGAUAACACAGAUGUAAGCACUCUUUAGGGUUACAGUUGUACAGCCUUGUGUUCAAAGUUCUUUUUGUACAAAAUAAUUGACAUGGGCUACAUAGGAGUUAUACAUAUUUUGCACUUUAGUUUUUGAUCACCUUCCCUUUCAAUACCAAAUUUAGCUUGCUUACAGCUUACGUUUCUCUUGAAACAGAUGUAGUUCCUUCCUUAAUAUCGGAGUGCAUGGCACAACUCCCAUCUUUGUUUCCUGAUUGGCUGUCCCAGUUUCUUGUCAUCGGGGGUAGAACUUAAAAAACAAGGAAUACAGGAAUUUUAGUACUAGCACCAAAGAGGCAGUUGGCAGGAAAUUGCACUAAUUUUAGGAGACAUUUCAGCUGAGAGCAAUUUUUAAACACAUUAGACAUUAUAGGCAUUAUGUAUUAUUUAGCAGUCUGUUAAAUCAUCUUUAUCUAUUUUUUUAAUAUACUAAAAUUGUUGUAUUUGUAAUAUUAAAUCUUCAGUAGCAGUUUCCAGAGUCAUGAUAUGUUUGUAACUGAUGGAAAAUAUUGCAUGGAUGCACAAAAAGAUUAUGUUGUAACUGAUGUUUACACAUUUUAAACCUAAGGCCCGUACACACGAUCCAAUUUUAUGGCCAUAAUUGUCUGAUGGACGUGUUGUGUCGAAUAAUCAGACC